AUGUCAUUACCAGAGUUGAAAUCCAUCUUUGAUGAUAAAGAGUCAAAUGCUAAACAACAAGAAGAGUCAAGGCAGCAGCAAUUCAUGUCUCAUUCACCAAUAUAUCGACAAACACAAGCAAAUCCAUUGCCCUCUUUUGAUCAACAACUUCAACAACAUCAACAGCAUCAUCAAAAUCAACAACAACAACAGCAUCUUCCAGAUAUAUUCAAUAACCCUCCUAUACAACAGAAUCAACAACUAUUCAUGCAACCUCCUCAAGUAUCUCCUCAAAAUCCAAAUUGGAAUCUUAAUUCUUUUCAACAAGAUGGUCAACAACAACAAUUUUUACCACAAUUUCAACAUCAACAUCAAGGUCACCAGUCACAACCGCCACAACAAAUGAUACCUCAACAACAACAACAGCAACAGCAACAGCAUCCGCAUCCAAUGUAUCAGAAUAACUUUAUGCAACCUCGAUUUAGUAUUCCAGGCCCACCUGGUUCAGUUUUAGGUCCAGGUCAAACUCCAAUUUAUCCUCAACACCAACCUCAUUUAACACCAUAUCCACAACAAGAUUUUUAUCCUCAACCUAUUCAAAGAGCUAAAAUACCCAAGAGAAGAAGAGCUGUUAAACCAGGAUUAAGACGUCGUACAAUGACUGCAUGUGAAUCAUGUAGAUUAAGGAAAAUUAAAUGUGAUUUAGGUAAACCUAUAUGUGGUGCUUGUACCAAGAGUGAUUUAAAUUGUGUUUAUAGAAAUGUUAAAAAAGAGGCUGAAGAAUUAAGUGAACAAAUGUCCAAAAUUGCUGGAUUAGAAAAGCAAAAAAAUGAAACACCUCAAUGGUCAAGUUGUAAUUGGUAUACCAAAACUGAAGGUGUAUUAAAAUGGCCAAUAUUUGAAGGGAAAUAUAAAAUAAAACCAAUUAAUACAGUUUUAGCAGAGACUAAUGAACAUGGAUUACCAGAUUUAGGUAUAAUAACAAAAGAACAAUUGGGGUUUUUGGAUUUACACUUACGAUCAAAUAUUAGAGAUUAUAUUGAUAAUUAUUUACAAAAUAUUCAAACGAAAAAUCCAUUCAUUGAUUCCAAAAAAUUACUGAAAACUUCAGAAUGGUUGAAACAUUGUAUCAAAGAAAAUCCAGAAUUGAGUAUUAUAAACUUAAAAAUCCCUGAUGAUUUGAUUAAAUUACCUUUAAUUUUAUUAUGUUGUGCUUCAGCUUCAAUAACAAGACCUUUAACAUUUACAAAUCUUGAAAAUUUUAAAUCAUCAAUUGAUGAACGUUUUGAAAAAUUUGAAAUAUCUUAUCAAAUUUUCAUGCUUUCAGAAUAUUUUCAAGUAUCACCAAGAUCCAAGAUUUCACUAGGUGAUUUAGAUCUUGUUCAAUAUAAUUUAUUAAAAGCAACUUAUAUGAUGUAUUUAAUUAAACCAUGGGAAGCUUGGAAAUAUAUUUUUGAAGCAUCAACAAUAUUAAUGACCAUUUUAGAGAGUUAUAAAGAUAAUGGUCGGAAAUUUGAAGAUUCUCAAUUAAGAAUCGUGGAAAGAGUUUUCCAUACUUGUGUUAAAUAUGAAAGUGAAUUACGUGUUGAAUUAUCACCUUCAGUUCCAGCAUCUGGGAUUGUUAAUUAUCCAUUCCCAAGUGUUUAUCCAUCACCUCCUUUAGAUUCUAUUAAUAGUGUUAAUGAAGAAUCAAGUUGGUUUUAUUAUUUAACAGAAAUUGUUUUAAGGAAAUUUGAAAAUAAAUUAUUAGAUGAUUUUUUCAUACCAAUUGGUAAAGCUGGGAAUUCAGAUAAUAAAGGUGAAUUUCAUGAAGAUAAUUAUGAUUUAAAUUGGGAUUCAAAAUAUGAUAUCGAAUCAAUAAUUCAAAAAUCUUUAGAUUAUUUAAAAGAUUUAGAAAAAGUUGAAAAUAGUAUGAUUACACAUUUAAAUUCAAUUUUAAAAGAAGAUGUUACAUCAAAUUCUUUACAACCUCAUGGUUUCCUUUUCAAAACUGGCUCAUCAAUAAAUCCAUCAUCAGAAACAGAAUCUCAAGCAACACCACCAACAACAUCUGAAACUUCAACAAAUAAAAUAUCACCUGCAAAUUUACCUCAUCAAGAUUCAGGUACAACAAUAACAACACAAGAAUCAACUUCACCAGUACCAUUAACACCAUCAUCAACAACAAGUUAUUCAUCAUCAGAUAUAUCACAAAAAUUUGAAAAAAUUAUACCAAAUGUUCCAGAAACAAUAUCAUUUAUUAAAACAAGAAUGAUUGUACUGAAAAUAUUAUUAUUUAGACCUUUAGCAUAUUUAUUAAUCCAUGAUAAGAGUCAUGUUUAUGAUUCUCAUCCAUUUGUGGAACAAGUCCUUAUUCAAUCGUUUGAAAAUAUGGAUGCUUUAAAUGUUCCAUUAGCAGUUCAUAGACAUUUUGGAUCAUGGUUUUAUACAAGAAAUACAUUUCUUUCAGGGAUUUUAAUAUUUGCAUUAUUUAAAAGAUUUGGUGAGAAAUAUGUGAAUAAAUCUAAAAUCAAGAAAUUUAUGGGUGAUGUUUUACAAAUUCUUGAUUAUUGGAUUGAUGAAGAACCUGAUUUACAAGAUCCUAAAAAAGUUAUAUUAGGAAUGUUGGAAGAAUUAGAGACUUUAUAA